AUCUGUGGAAACCUCGCCUACGUCACUCCUCUCUCCUCGAAGCCCUCGCAUGUCCCUCCGUCCAAAACCAUCUCCUUCGCGACCGACCUCUCGCGAUGCAGUAGCAAUUGCAGCUACCUGGGAAUUGAACGGGAUAACUCCCAUUUUUCUCCUCCUUCUGCUCCUCUCCUACCCGAAACUAUUGAGCAAGAUAUGCACAUUUUAAAUGACUCAUAUGAUUUCCAUAUUGCAAAGUCAUCCGAAUUAAUGGUCAAUUUGCACAAUGGAUCCUUUGGAAACAGUUCAGAUUCGCAAUAAGAGGCAACUAGAGGAACAAAUGGAUGUUAGGCAGAGUAAAUAUGAUGAAGACGAUGACAGGGACAAUGUUGAGCGGAAGCGGCACAGAUCAAGCAAGUCGUUGAGAUUUAACACUACAGAUGUUGAGGAGCUGGACAGUAGCAGAAGGAAGAGUUCUGGAGACAAAGAUGAAGGAAGAAAGAAGUCAGGAGGUUUAGGUCAAGCAGGGACUACUAAUGAGGAAGACUAUGAAACUAGAAGGGAAUCACGUUCUAAAAUUUCCAGGAAGAAUACAGUAGAGAGAUCUGAGGUGAGAUCAAAUGAAGGUUAUCAUGAUAAAGAAUUGGAAGGCUGCCAGAAAAGCAUGAAUGAUCACGUUGACCUGAGUUCCUCAAGAAAGAAAAAUUCAAGUCCUGGACAUGACAGCCCUGAGAGCAAGGGAAGAAGCAAGUCAGACAAUCCUCCUGAAGGUGAAGCUGAGAAGGCUCAGGACCGGGAAUCAAGACACUAUGAUAGAAAAGAUAGCACUAGAGAGAAGGUUCAUGGUCAACGAGAGCUAGAAAGGAAUGUUUCAACUAGAAGGAGAUGGGAUGAUAUGGGUUCAUGGAGGAAAACUGAUGAAGGUAAUUAUGUGGAUAGAUCUGAUCCAAGAAAUGGAAAAUCCUCAGAGCAAGGGAAUCUUAGGGACAGAGCAUCCGAUCCUAGAACUGACUCAGGUCAUGCUAGAGGCCGGAUUAUUGAUUCCACUGGUGAAAAGGGUGUUGCUUGUAGCAGUAGAGAUGGAAAGAGGGGAGAUGUAGAAAGGAAUCGGGGUCUGUCAGAGAGUCAAGGUGAUGAUCACAAGGAAUUUACUGAAUUGAUAAGAGAUGAUAAGCAUACUAAGGUACGGGUGAGAUCACCGGUAGCACUGACUGAGGACAUGGAAUGGCAUAGGUAUGGUGGCAAGUCUCAUAAUGAGAAAGGGGAGAAGCACAAACAACAACAUGAUGCUCUACAUGGUAGUCGUGAUGAGGUUGAUAUUAUGGAGAGGUCUGAUGAAGAUACACAACCAAGAACGAGGGACAGAAAUGGAAGAAGUGGGAGGUAUAAUAGAUCUCCAAGUCCUGAAGGUAGCAGAAGGUAUCACCAAGAUCUGGAAGAUCAUGAUAGAGGCCAAUCCGAAUCUGAUACUGAAAGAAACACUGCUGUUAAAGGCAAAGAUUUGCUCAAGGAUAACAGAGAUUUAAGGACCUCUAAGGGAAAAGAUGGUAGUUGGAAUGAUAGAAAUAUAGACCGGGAAAGUUCUAAAGAUUAUUGGAGAAGUCAAUCUAAGCAAGAUGCUAAAUCUGUAAAUGAGUUUGAUAACAUCAGGGCAUGGGACACGCCAAGCCAUGAGCCAUUGAAAAUGGAAGGUGAUAAACUUCACUUUCGUCCUGGUUAUAAGAAAGACAAUAGAGCUAGGAGUGAAGGCGGAAGAUUUGAGAACUCAGAUUCAAUAGAGAUCAAGCCUAACCAUAAUCUAGAUUUUGUGAGUGAUGUGUCUAUGUCAACAUUUCCUGGCAGGCGAGCUGAAGUUGGGUCAGUGCAGGAUAGUUCGGGGGCUGCAAAUGAUGAUGAAUGGUGUUAUCCUUCUGAUGAUAAGGUUAAAGCGGGGUAUGGUAUCAACGAUGAUUUGCAGGAAAAGAAUCAUGAUGGUGUUGAUUCACCAAUUGAUCAAAUAUCUGGGAGGAAUUAUCUUGAUUCUCAGGCUGGGAAGGGAAGAGGUCAGAAGGGGCCUGUGAACUCCAGCCGUAUAGGACAGGGCCAAAGUGUUAGUGGCUUCUCUCAGGCUCCAUUGGGAUAUAAUCAGGGUUCCAGUUCUUUCAAUAGAGGUUCUCAACAGGGACAAAAAGGUGGCAAAGCUGUUAGAGGUGGAAGAGGAAGGAUGAUAGGGAGGGAUAGUCAACGUGGUGGGCUUCCAAUGCAUAUGAUGGGCCCUCCAUUUGGUCACCUUGGCCUACCUCCCGGAACAAUGCAAUCAAUGGGGCCAAAUAUGCCCCCUUCUGUAGGUCCACCUCUUGGUCCAGGUGUUUUUGUUCCUCCAUUUGUUGGGCCCCUUUCAUGGCCUGCAGGUCGAGGUGUUGACAUAAAUAUGCUAGCUGCUCCACCCAAUCUUCCUCCCAUUCCUCCUGGCCCAGCGGGACCGAGGUUUGCUCCUAAUUUGGGGGCUGGCCCAAAUCAGGUCAUGUACUUUAAUCAACAGAGUUCUGGAAGAGUCAAUUCUAAUUUGCCUGGGCCUGAGUUUAGUUCCAAUGGACCAGUUGUUCGUGAAACAUCAAUUGAUAAAGCUCCUGCAAUUUGGGGCCAAACCAGAACAGGUGGCCCUUCCGGUAAAGCUCCUUCAAGGGGAGAGCAGAAUGAUUACUCACAGAAUUUUGUUGACACUGGUAUGAGGCCCCAAAAUUUUAUUAGGGAGUUGGAGCUCACGAGUGUCGUGGAGGACUAUCCUAAAUUGAGAGAGCUUAUUCAGAGGAAAGAUGAUAUAGUAAUCAACUCUUCUACCCCACCUUUGUACUACAAGGCUAACCUACGUGAAUUCACACUUAUUCCAGAAUUCUUUGGUACCAAAUUUGAUGUUAUUCUAGUUGAUCCUCCUUGGGAGGAAUAUGUUCACCGGGCUCCUGGUAUUACUGAUCAUAUUGAGUAUUGGACAUUUGAAGAGAUACAAAAUCUUAAAAUUGAGGCUAUAGCGGACACUCCAUCAUUUAUUUUUUUGUGGGUUGGUGAUGGUGUUGGCCUCGAACAAGGUCGUCAAUGUCUAAAAAAGUGGGGAUUUAGAAGAUGUGAAGAUAUUUGUUGGGUCAAAACAAACAAAAAGAAUGCAACUCCUGGUUUGCGGCAUGAUUCUCACACAUUAUUUCAGCAUUCAAAGGAACACUGUUUGAUGGGCAUUAAGGGAACUGUUCGCCGUAGUACAGAUGGUCAUAUUAUCCACGCUAAUAUUGAUACAGAUAUUAUAAUAGCUGAAGAACCUCCUGAUGGUUCAACAAAAAAACCUGAUGAUAUGUACAGGAUAAUUGAACAUUUUUCUCUUGGUAGAAGGCGUCUUGAGCUGUUUGGCGAAGACCAUAACAUUCGUCCAGGCUGGUUGACUGUUGGGAAAGGUUUGACAUCCUCUAACUUCAAUGCGGAGGCUUACCUUAAAAACUUCACUGACAAGGAUGGAAAGGUUUGGCUGGGAGGCGGUGGACGAAACCCGCCUCCCGAUGCUCCACAUCUGGUUUCCACAACUCCUGAAAUCGAAAGCCUCCGACCAAAAUCACCCCCACAGAAGAGCCAACAGCCUCCACCCAUGCCUUUGAUCACCAGUUCAGCCAACAGAAGACCAUUGGGGAGUUCCCCACAGAACCCCUCACUCUCAUCUGUAACCAUCCUGAACCAGGAAGCACCUACAUCUGAGUCAGGAGCUUUGGCUCCUCCCUGGUUAUCUUCUAUGGGUGGGUUUAGGGAAUUGGAAAGCAGUCAUUUGGGAAGCAGUAGCGAUAAAUACGAGGGGUAUGGUCUUAAUGCUGCGUUUGGUCAAAUAGUUGGAGAUCAUGUUGAAUUUGAUCCACAAAGAUCUGUUAACAUGGGCAUGAUGUAGCCACAGGUAUGUGGUCCGCCACUUCAGACGUACAGGAAUUAAUCUAUUUGUGCAGGGGCUGGAUGCAUUUUUGUACCUCCUACUAAGCAUCACACUCAUUUACAACGCUUAUUGCCUUUUAAAUGAUUUCUUAUAUCCACACAUUUCUAUUCCUGUUUCUUAUAAUGGAUUCAUCCCGUUUGAAUUUAUGACUCAGAGAAACAGAGAGAUGGUUCACUGGCAGGCUGUGAUAUCUGUGGUGCUUGGGGUUAUAAUGAGGAAAUGCAUUUGCCGUUUUCACGAGGUCGGUUUGGUGGCUAUGGUGUUUGUUUCCGUCUUGGAAUCGGCGGUCCAGUCAUCUGGCAUUAUUUUCGGGCAGCCUGAGUUGGUUUUCGCCGGCCUUGGUUGAUCUGUGAUCAGAUUAAGCUGGUGGGGUUGGCUUCUCUUUUUUAUUGAUACAAUAAACAUUCAUUGAUGUCAAAAAAUUGUCUUUGCUUACUCUUUUUGAUUAAUGGUGUAUAUUAUUUGUUCCAUGUAGAAGUUUAUUAUGAAUGA